CGUUCUUUUUUUCUUCUCCUCCUGCAGCAGAUCUUCCGAUGCAUUGUCACAGUGUUGAAGAACAUAAACUCCUGAACACAAUGCCUCGACGUCUGUAAUGGCGCGUUGACUUCGGUGGGAUAAACGACUGUCAGGAUCCCGAAAACAGAGAUGUAGUCUGUAGUCUGGUCUGUCGGCAGACUCUGAGGUCUCACUAUGCUGCUUUAUCUGAUGCUGACCAUCUCACUAAUAAACGUCAAUGGCCAGAUAGACCCAGCUCACUGUCGUUAUCCUCUCGGUAUGGAGGAUGGGAGGAUCAAAAACGAUGACAUCACUGCCUCCAGCCAGUGGUACGAAACCACAGGCCCUCAGUACGCAAGGUUAAACCGUGAGGAGGGGGACGGCGCCUGGUGUCCUGCUGGUCAACUGCAGCCCUCAGAUGUUCAGUAUCUUCAGCUUGACCUACGUCAGCUCAUCUUUCUCACCGUCGUCGCUACACAGGGUCGCUACGCACGCAACUCCGGCAACGAAUUUGCACGCAAAUACCGUCUGGAGUACAGUCGCGAUGGACACCGUUGGAUCUCCUGGAGAAACCGCUUUGGUAGCGAGACUAUAAUGGGCAAUAUAAACACCUAUGACUCUGUGGUGCGAGACCUUCACCCUCCCAUCAUUACUCAAUUCUUACGUUUGAUUCCCGUCACCGAUGCCGUACACACUGUGUGUAUGAGAGUAGAGCUUUUUGGAUGCGCCUGGCAGGAUGGCCUGACGGCGUACAGCUCUCCAGAGGGCCAGACCAUGAUGGCUCCUGGUUAUCCCAUCACACCUCUCAACGACUCCACGUACGACGGGGCCCUGGAACGCAGGAAGCUGUCUGGGGGUCUGGGUCAGCUGACAGAUGGGGUGAUUGGUCAGGAUGACUUUGUACAGAGAAGACUGGACCGCUUGUGGCCCGGAUAUGACUAUGUGGGCUGGAGGAACGACAGCUUGGGCCCUGGAUAUGUAGAGAUGGAGUUCCAGUUUGACAGACAGAGAAACUUCACUUCUAUGAAGGUUCACAGUAAUAACAUGUUCUCUCGGGGCGUGAAGAUCUUCGCAUCCGUGUCCUGUGUCUUUAAGCUGCACCUCAUUUUGGAGUGGGAAGCAGAACUGGUGGAGUUUCACACCGUUCUAGAUGACCGGAACCCGAGCGCUCGCUAUGUGACGGUCCCGUUAAAGCACAGAUCGGCCACGGCGCUGCGCUGCCGCUUCUACUUUGCUGACACUUGGAUGAUGUUCAGCGAGAUCUCGUUUCAGUCUGCAACUAAUGUGCUUCCCACCCAGAAGCCCCCAGUAUUGACCCCUCCUUCAUAUGAGGUUAACAGCAAAGUACCACAAACUACACAAAAAACAGAGGACCAGACGACAGCAAAACCAUUAAAACCAGGCUCUCCUGAAGAGGCCAGUACAUCGAUUCUGAUUGGCUGUCUGGUGACUAUUAUUCUUCUACUAGUGGUGAUCAUCUUCCUGAUUCUGUGGUGCCAAUAUGUGUGCAAAGUCCUGGAGAAGGCUCCGAGGCGAAUUUUGAAGGAUGAGGUGACAGUGCGUUUGUCCUCUAGCAGUGACACUAUAAUUCUGCAGACUCCUCCGGUGCCCCCGCGCAUCUCCCUCGACCCGCCCUACGAGAGGAUCUUCCUGCUGGACCCCCAGUACCAGGAUCCCGCCGCGCUCAGGAGCAAACUUCCCGAGCUGUCGCAGAGUGCAGAAGCUUCUGCCUGUAGCGGAGGAUACGCCGAACCUGACGUGACCCUGUGCACCCCACACCAGUGUUUUCAGAGCAGCGUCCCGCACUACGCUGAAACCGACAUCAUCAGCCUGCAGGGGGUCACUGGCAGCAACAUGUACGCCGUUCCGGCCCUCACCGUAGAUUCCCUGACGCGGAAGGACAUCUCCGUGGCCGAGUUCCCACGAGAGAGGCUGCUGUUCAGAGAGAAACUGGGAGAAGGCCAGUUUGGUGAGGUGCAUUUGUGUGAGGCGGAGGGUUUGGCUGAGUUUCUGGGAGAGGGUGCCGUGAUACCGGAGCAGAACGGCAGGCCGGUGCUAGUAGCAGUUAAACAACUCCGAGCGGAUGCCACCAGCACUGCCAGAAAUGACUUCCUGAAGGAGAUAAAGAUCAUGUCGCGUCUGAAUAACCCAAACAUCAUCCAGCUGCUGUGCGUGUGCGUGAGCUCCGACCCGCUCUGCAUGGUGACGGAGUACAUGGAGAACGGAGACCUCAACAUGUUCCUGUCCCAGAGAGAGAUAGAGAGCACUCUCACGCAUGCCAACAACAUUCCGUCUGUCAGCCUUGCUGACCUGUUGCACAUGUCGGUGCAGAUCUCUUCUGGGAUGAAGUACCUGGCUUCUCUGAAUUUUGUGCAUCGUGAUCUGGCCACACGGAACUGCCUCCUGGACCGCCACCUCACCAUAAAGAUCUCUGAUUUCGGCAUGAGCAGAAACUUGUACAGCAGUGAUUACUAUCGUAUACAGGGGCGCGCUGUGCUGCCUAUACGCUGGAUGGCCUGGGAGAGCAUCUUACUGGGGAAGUUCACAACAGCUAGUGACGUGUGGGCAUUUGGAGUAACCCUGUGGGAGAUCUUCACUUUAUGUAAGGAGCAGCCCUACAGCCUGCUGUCUGAUGAACAGGUCAUCGAGAACACCGGCGAAUUCUUCAGAAACCAGGGGAGACAGAUCUUUCUCUCCGCCCCACCACUCUGUCCAUCCUCUCUGUUCGAGCUGAUGAUGCGUUGCUGGAGUCGUGACAUCGCGGACCGGCCCACUUUUCACAGAUUGUAUCAGGCCCUGCGAACUUUCGCACCCCACUCAUGACCGAUACCUGCUCUACUGAAAUAACCUGGAGGAAAACUGUUAUACUUGUCUUCUGACUGCUCGCCAGUCGCUGAAGUAGAGCAGUAACAUUAUAGCCACAAUGUAGCGUCAUUAGAGCGGUAGAAAUGCAAUGGAGGAUAGAUCUAGAGAUGAUGAGAUUUCACAAAAGGCAUUCAUUCAUUUAUCCACUCACAUUUUCAUCUCCGUUGGGACUCAGAUAGCUUUUUUUCCAAUCCAUAGACACUUGAGGUUGUUUUUUUUUUUACUUCUCUGUUGUUCUAUCCCUUUUUUUUCUUUAUCAUAUAUGUUAUUUCUGUUUGUCAUUUUCCAACAGUGACUCUUGAGCCUACUGUAUAAUCUAGGCAGAAAGAACCAACUGGACGAAUGUUGUGUUUGUCAAAACUGUGGUUGUGUAUCGUUAAGCACUGCUGUCUUUGGUUUUUAUUUAGUUUUUGACUAUUUUUGUUCCUUAUUUACCCCCACACUGGAGUUACUGUGUCUUAUGAUAUUAAGUGUUUUUUUGCUCUCUAAAUAUGAAUGUUUUACAGGUUCUUUGGAUAUAGCCGGGUCAGAGACUUUCUCUGCCUGGGUCUAGCAGAACUACUGUUAUAGUUAGAUUAAAAACCCUUUCGGAAGAGGAGGGAGAGGGUUCUAGAGCCAACAAUGGACUGAUGUGCAAUCGAAUGCACUGUUUCUUCCCCCAACUUCUAACAGGCCACUUUAAAGUCAACAAUAAGAACAGACCAAUGGACCAUGAUUCAUCUGUGCGUGUUUCCAAAGAAGACAAUGUUUCAUCAAAAUGUAAUAGGUUGGUUCUUGGUUAAUGUCAAAAAAGCAAGAAGCAUUUCCAUUGGGAUACGUCAAGUUGUUCUUGGGGUGAAGUUGACCUUCAGCCUCCACAUGCAUAUGUUCAAUUAUAGAAGUAAAAUGGGUUGUUAAUGCCAUUUCAUGUUGGCUUUAAAGGAAUAGUUAAUCCAGAAAUGAAAAUUUGAUGAACAUUUACUCACCUGCCGACAAUCCAAAACAUAGAUACGUUUGUUUCUUCAUGGGAAUAGAUUUGGGGAAAUUUUGCAUUACAUCAAUUGGUGGAUCCAAACAUCUGAUAUCACAAUAAUCCACUGAAAAAUAGCUAUAUAUUGUAGAUAGAUUAUUUGUAUUUUAGCCUGAAUCAUCCAUUUAAGUUAUAAACACUUUAAUGAUUAAUUGGGGGGGUUUUUUGUGUUGUUUUUUUUUUUUUUUUUUUUUUGCCAAAAAAACUACUUUUUGCUUCACAACAUGUCAGUUAUUGGAUAUUGUGACGUCAUUAUCAGCUGUUUGGAUUUUCAUUCUCACGGCACCCAUUCACUGAAGAGGAUCCACUGUUGAGCAAGUGAAUGCUAAAUUUACCUAGAUCUGUUUUUAUGAAGAAACAAACUCGUCUGAAAGGGAGUACAUUUUCAGCUAAUUUUCAUUUUUGGGUGAACUAUUCCUUCAAAAAAAACAGCAAUAUUUCACCUCCAUAGGCAAACAAAGUGAAUUUCAACUCUGUUGCAAAGGAAAACACUAUACUUCCUUGUUAUUGGCAUACAGUUCUACAAUUGCAUUGUUGAUUUAUCUAAAUUAACUUACUGAGGACAAACAGGACCAAAAAUAUUAAUAAUGUAGAGAUCCAUUCAAUCUUCGAUCUCUGUAGAAGGCACAUGAUUAAUGGGGGAAUAUGUAUGUAAGUUUGAAAUUAUUCAAAGCACAUUUUUAUUUCUUUCUUUUAAUCCACUUUUAUGUUUUAUUAAUGCCGUUUAAUGUAUUUAGCAAGUGUUUGUGGAUGAGUGUAGCACCAAAAAAACAUUUGGUGUACUAUGAUGUAACCAAGAUCUGUUAUUUCCAUCUUUUUUCAUCAUUGUGUACUAGAUUCUUCAUUCCUUUUCUCCCGAACAGCAAGCAGUUUCGGCCCAGAUCCGGCCCACAUCUGGCCCACAUGGAUUUCAGAUUUCCAGAUGUGGGCCGAAACUGCUUUCUGUCUGGGCUGUAGUUUGUGUUUACUGUAUUUCAGAAAUUGUCUUCAAAUGUACAGGAGAAGUUGUAUUGUUUGGCUGCUGAAAGGCUUGGCUGUGCAGGACGUCCUCCAAUAGCACUGGGAUUUCGAUUGAAUGGUGGUGGUAGGAAGGGCAACCACUAAAACUUAAUCUCCCAGAAGCCUUUGCUAAAGUGAGCCUGGGGCAAUUUUUUGUUUUAACUGAUCAGAGUUUGCUUUUCACUACAUAUUUAGAGACCAAGAGUGCAUGUUCGUGCAAAUGCGUGAUACUGUGAGUGUGGUUUUGUUUCAAGUGAAAUAAAAUGUACCUUCUUUUAUCACUUAGAAUUCAAUAACUGUCUUUCAUUCGAAACUUUUUACUCUCUGUAUGUGUCCUUCAUGUACAUUACAUAAGCAGAAUAGAUACUGUAUGUAUAGUAAUAUAUUGGGGACUAAGAAAGACUUGAUUUCUUUCAUCAUCUUUCUUAUUUUCCAUAAUAAAUACAGAUUUUGCUGUA